CUCCCCUUCUCCGCCUCGGGUGCAUGGCUCCGGGGAGGGCGCGGGGGAAGGGGGCGCCUUGCAGGGGGAACGAGAACCGCCCCCGCGCCGUGGGCCACGAUUGCACAGCCCCCUCCCUCCCUGCAGCAUCCUCAAUGAGGGCUAGAAGCACCCCCAUGUCAUGGGCCAUGAUUUGAGAUGCUCCACCCCCCUUCAGCAUCCUCGAUGAGGGCUAGAACCAUCCCCGUGUCACUGAGUCUGAUUAGACAGCCUCCCCCGCCCCCGUUCACCCCCCUCAAAGAGUGUUAGAACCACCCCAUAUUACAGGGUUUGGUUGACGCCCCCCCAACUCCCUUCAAAGGGCUUCCUUCCUUCCUUGCCUGUUUUUAAGCAGAGGUUGGGCUGCCACCUGCCAGGAAUUCUUCAGCUGCGAUUCCUGCAACUCAGGGUUGGACUAGAUGACCCUUAGUUCCCACCCUCUUGAUUCUAUGAUUCGCCUUCCUCCAUGAGGACUAGGGAGCCCCUCUCCUUUGAGUGCCACGAGCUGCCCCCUGCUGCUCCCAGGUGGGGCAGAAAAGGGGGCUGCUGGCUUUGCACCACUGAUGGACAGACAGUUGCCAGGGUCUCUUGCCUCCCCCAAUAAUAAUAGUUUUCCAAACGACCUCCAUCAAAUUCAUCUUCUGCCCGUCCCUCCUGGAUUGAGAUGCUGCUGGUGAUGCCUGGCAUUUGGACCCAACCCACCCUCUUCCCCAGCCCCCUGCUGCCUCUAUUCCCCUUUACCCCAGACGCCCCCACUGCCGUUCAGCUAAAUACCCCCUGGGCUCUGGGAUUGGUGGUGUUCCAUGAGGUGACCCAAAGAGGUCUUUUUUUGGGGGGGGUCGGGUGGCCUCUGUGGUUGUUCCUGGUUAAAGAAGCCAGAUUAUCCUCCACAAGGGCCAGGGCUUUUUCAGUGAUGGCUCCAACCUGGUGCAAUGCUCUGUUCCAUGAGACUAGGGCCAUGCGGGACUUGAUCUCCUUCCGCAGGGCCUGUAAGUAAAGAGUUAUUCCGCCUGGCCUUCAAUUUAGCCUGAUCCCCCAUUCCUUUUCCCCUUCCCUUUUUUAUGAAGAAACCCUUCUGGGCCCCUACAUUUAAACUCUUCCCUGGUCUCCUUGCUGGCCUUAGCAGGACUAACUUGGACAGUUAGCCCUGGCAAUGCUACAUUGAUGUUGUAUUUUAUGCUGUUUUUAAAGUCGUUUUUAAUCAAUGUUUUAUAUUUGUUGUUAGCCACCCUGAGCCUGGUUUCUAAACUGGGAAGGGCGGGGUAUAAAUAUAUUAUUAUUAUUAUUAUUAUUAUUAUUAUUAUUACCCUGGGAGAAGUGUCCACUUUGUGGCUCAGGACUGGGGAAACCUCUUAAGGGAGGGGGCAGGUGAGGGCACCCAUUGCGAGGACCCCUCAGUGCUGGUGGGCGGAAGCAGGAAUCAUGGAUUUUUUUAAAAAAAAAACACACCCAUGAAAUUGUAGAGUUGGAAGAGACUCCAAGGGGUCAUCUAGCCCAACCCCCUGCAAUGUAGGCAUCUCAGCUAAACAUCUUAUAGAAGCUGCUGUCAUUGUCCCAGGGUAUCUGUGCUCUCUUGCCUCCCCGCCUGACACCCAGGACCCUUCCAGGUCAGUAGGACCUGGGGCAGGCUUGUUUCCUGCUGCAGGACAGGACCUGAACCAGUGAAUUCAGAUUGCAAGAUUUUUGAGGGUAAGAGUUGUUCAGCUGUGGAAUGGACUCCCUUGCAACAUGAGGGGAUAUUUGAAGAUGGCUCUCCUAUCUCCCCUCAGUCUCUUCUUCUCCAGUCUAAACAUACCCAGCUCCUUCAACUGUUCCUCAUCAGACUUGCUUUCCAGACCCUUGAAUCAUCUUGGUUGCCCUCUUCUGUCCACAUUCUACCUUGUCAACAUCCUUCUUAAAUUGUGGUUCCCAGAAUUGAACACAGUAUUCCAGGGAUGGUCUGAUCAAGGCAGAACAGAGUGGGACUAUUGCUUCACUUGAUCAGAACACUAGACGUCUGUUGAGGCAGCCUAGAAUAGCGUUAGCUUUUUUUGCUGCUGCAUCGCACAGUUGACUCAUGUUCAGCUUGUCCACCAAGGCCCCUAGAUACUUUCCACAUGUGCUGCUAAUAAGCCAGGUGUCCCCAUCCUAUAUUUGUGUAUCUGGUUGUUCUUGCCCAGGCAUCCCCAAACUUCGGCCCUCCAUAUGUUUUGGACUACAAUUCCCAUCAUUCCUGACCACUGGUCCUGUUAGCUAGGGAUCAUGGGAGUUGUAGGCCAAAACAUAUGGAGGACCGCAGUUUGGGGAUGCCUGUUCUUGCCUAAGUGCAGAACCUCACUCUGGUCCCUACUGAAACUCAUUUUGUAAGUUUGGGCCCAGUUCUCCAAUCUGUGAAGGUCAUUUUGAAUUCUGAUUCUGUCUUCUGUGGCAUUAGCUACCCCCCCCCCAAGUUUGGUGUCACCUGCAUCCCCUCAUCUGCUUAACUGCCCUCCCCCCAUAUUUUAUUCAUGUUGGCACCCCUGUCCUUAAGCUUUUUGAAAUAAGCCUUCUGAAAGUGCAGAGUGCAUGCCUGACUACACUCAUCUUUCCUUUGCUUGUGUAUAAUGAAACCCAAGAAAACAUGAUCAAUUCCUCCCGAGGUUCCCAGUGCUUCCACCUCGUCGAUCGGUUCCUCUAUGUUGGUGAGGACCAGGUCCAAGAUAGAUGACCCCCUUGUUGCUUCUUCUACCUUCUGGGAAAUGAAACUGUCAGUGAGGCAAUGGAGGAAUUAGCUGGAUCUUACAUUCUUGGCAGAGUUUGCAUUCCAACAUACAGUGGUACCUCUGGAUGCGAACAGGAUCCGUUCCGGAGCCCCGUUCGCAACCAGAGCAAUACACAGCCUGAAGCGCCGAAUCUGUGCAUGCUCACGCGAUUCAGCACUUCAGCGCAUGCGUGUGACGUCAUUCGUCGCGUCUGCGCAUGCGUGAAUCGCUGAACCCGGAAGUAACCUGUUCCGGCACUUCCGGGUUUGGCGCAUUCGUAACCCGUGAUAUACGCAACCGUCAGCGAAGGUAACUAGAGGUAUGACUAUAUAUCGGGUAGUCCAAGUCUCCUUUGACUACAAUAUCUUUCAUUUGUGAUUGUUUGGUAAUCUGCUCUAGGAAGGCAUCAUGCAAAUCUUCCGUCUGGCUUGCUGGUCUAUCGCAGACAACCACAGUUAAGAUCAAUGUUGUUUCUCUCUCCUACAAAUUUUACCCAUUUACUCUCAAUCUGCUUUUCAUGUUCCAGGCUAUGGAUUUCUUCACAAGUGUACACAUCCUUUACAUAUAAUGCUGCUGGUUCUCUCUUCCUGCUGAUCUAUUUCUUUUGAGCAGGUCAUACCCCUCAAUUCCUACAUUCCAGCGAUUAGUCUUAUCCCACCAGGUUUCAGUAAUGUUUAUUAGGUCAUGUCAACCUGUAGUAAGUGAUCCAAUUUGUCUUGCUUGUUUCCAUACUCUGUGCAAUAGUAUAGACACAGCUGAAAUCACGAGUCCUUCCUCUACACACUGCUGCCUCUCUCCACAUCAGUAGGGAGUUACCUGCCGGCACCGCAUGUGUCUUCCUUUUUCUGGGGAGCAGCAGGAACUGCUACCUCAGUUUGUUUUGGGGUUCGGAAACUGCUGUUCUUGCUCUCUUCUGGCCGAAAACCGGUGUCCGAGGCGAGGGCAUGGAAUCAGUCUUGUAUUUCCAGAGACACAGCAAGGCUCCUGACUGUUUUGCUUUUUUGUGUCACAUUCCUCUGGAGUUGGGCGAUCUUUCUCCCUAGGGGCACCCCACCUAUGUCUCUUUUCCAGGUCAGUCCAUUCCUGUCUAGUGAGAAUUUAGUCAUCUUACCCGGUGGCUCAAAGUGUGAAUAGGUGGAACUGGAGUCGCUGUACCUUCUCUUCCGGGAAGGCAACCAGAUUGCACUUGCUGCAGGUGUGGUUUUGCACGUUCUCAGGCAGGAAGAGAAACAUGGCAUACGAGCCGCGCAUGCCACAAGCACGCAGAUUGUCUUGCGUGCACCUUUAAGGCUUGGUUGCAAGAAAUCAACAGGUGCCCUGUGAAUAUUGGUGAGCUUAGUGUCAUUGACAGUAUGGGAUCAGACCUGUAGUAUUUUGUGUCCUAGGCCUGUUUUGCAUGUGUUUAUUUAUGUAUGUGCCCACCUGGUGCCCUCCAGGCAUUUUGGACUACAACUCCCAUCAGCCCCAGCCAGUGCACCAUGAAUUGCAGUUUCCGCUAAGGGGCAAUGCACACACCUUGAUUCCUUUACCUUUGAAUGUGGGAAUCUGCUCUGUGUGUGUGUGUGUAUUCAGGGUGAUGUGAGGUAACACCCGGGCUGCCCAGUUCACAUGUGCAAGUCGACGCUUCUCUUUGCAGGCACCCAGUUUUGGAGUGUGCACAGAUCCUGGCCAAUCCCCGAGCGCCCCCCUCCCCAGUCAAGGUAGAGGGAUCCACACCCUUCCUUAGCGUGUGGGGCUGGUGGAAGCCCUGGGCUUUUCUUCCCAAAUGCAUAGCCAUUCAUCAGACCGUGUCUGUUUCCCCAGCUCUGCAUGUGGGCCAGUAGCCCAAGGACUUCCUUUGCCAGCCGCUUCUGCUGUGUCUGAUCUCGCACUCAUGACCAGGGUUGCGUCAUGUGGGUACUGUUUAGUGGAACCAGUUGAACCAGAAGACAGCUUUUGGGCAGGGAUGAGCCCAGGACAAGCAGAAGAAGAUUGGAGAAAGUUAUGGGAACCAGACAGGCAGCUCUCAUGUUGACUCCAGGAAUAUUUUUAAUUUCCCUGCUUAGCCUGCUGCAAACAGGCAGUAUCACUGGUGUCCUCAAAGGGCCAUCAAAAUGAUUUCCAUUUCCAUUCCAGGUCAAGGCCCUGAUUAACAUCACAACUAGCUUUAUGCCACUGUAAGUUGGCUCUUUCCCAUGAUGCGUAUGAGGCUCCCCCACCCCAAAAGCUCCAGUCCUUUUCGGCGAUGCAGGGGGUUGGACUAGAUGACCCCUGGGGUCCCUUCCAACUCUACAGUUCUAUGAUUCCGUGAACUCCUGGCUAGAUUCUGAGUUGCUGCUUUGUGCGAUCGGAAUGGCCCUGUGUGGAUCUACUCCCUGUCUCGCGGUGAGGUCUUUUGGGUGCAAGGCCACAGAUGUUUGUUGUCAAGUGGAAUAAGAUGUUCGUCACAAGAGGCUGUUGUCCCCUGCUCAGUCACCAGCUCAUCACUGGGUUUGGCAGCCCUCCAUCCCCAACGCCAGUUGCCAUGUUUAGUUAAGACGUGGCACAUUCAGGACAGAUAAAAGAAAAGGAAGUCCAUACACAGUGCAUAGUUAAUCUGUGGAACUCCCUCCCACAGGAGGCAGUCGUUGCCCCCAACCUAGAUGGCUUUAAAAGAGGAUUGGACAGAUUCAUGGAGGAGAGUUCUAUCGGUGGCUACUAGCCACAGUGGCUUUGUUCUGCCCUCCACAGUCAAGAGGCAGCAAUGCUUCUGAAUCCUAGUUGCUGGAAACCACAGGAGGAGAGAGUUGCUCUUGUGCUCAGAUCCUGCUUGUGGGCUUCCUCUUGGGGCAUCUGUUUGGUGACUUGGCAACUGCAUGUGCGAAAGGCCUCUGUUGAGUGGAAAGCUCUCUCCUUGAGGUGCCACGAUUCCUCUGCUUCAAGGAAGCUAUUAGGCUGGGAUAUUUGAUAUUUGCAUCAUCAUCACCUUUUCCUUUAGCUUAUUGAUGUGCAUGGAUGACCCCGGAGUGUUGCUCUUUGCCAUCUCCUUGGAUAUUUUGAAUUUGCUGCUCUUCUCUUUUUCAGUUCUUGUGAUAUGUGGGUUCAGAUCCUCCCUCUUGCCAUGGUUUGGGUUUCAUUGCUGCAUCUGUCACCCUCAAUUUCUUUUCUGUGAAUUAUAGAAACGUGUUAUGAUGUUGCAGGGAAGAGCAAAUUCCAUACAGGUUAAAGGGAAAUGCUUUGCAAAUGGAAAUUGCUGCAUGAGGGAUUCAUAAUAAUGGGCUGGGCUAGACUUUGCUUGUUUAUUCUGUGCUGCAUUUUUUCCUCGCCCUGGAUUUUGGGUUCCUGCUGAAUCGCUGUCAGCAACUGGGUGCUUGCAGUGGCUCUUUCUGUGCAGACGCAGAGUAGCCACACACCUGCUUAGGCUGGGGUUGGGGUGGUAAUGGCCCAGAGCUGACCGAGCUUAACAGAAGCUCUUGCAGGACAAAAUCCUCUUUCUUGCUCCAGGAAUAGUCCGGGGCGGCAAAGUGCCGUUCCGUACGUGCUUUCUCUUCUUACAAGUUCUUACAAGUUGAAAGGCCAGCCCAGAAAAGUUGUGGCUUCACCAAUUCUGGACGCAAUGACAUUCACUGUACAGUCUGGGGGCUGCAAGAUCAAACCUUUCUUUCCCCAGAAUCUGACGCCCCGUUUUCAAGUAUAGGAACCAACUCCUAAGGACUGAGGUCCCUUCGACACCCUUCAAUAGAAUAUUUGAGCCCCCCCCCCAAGUUGAUGGACACUGCCAUUGCCAUUCAAAUGGUGUGUGUCUUGUUAGCGAUUAUGCAGGGUGGGGCUUACCUGCCCCCCCCCAAAUAUUUUAUUCAAGUUGGCACUGCUGGUUUCAGGACAGGACAGGUAAAAGGAAGGACUUCUUCCUGCAGUGCAUAGUUAAACUGUGGAACUCCCUCCCGCAGGAGGCAGGGGUGGGCACCAAGCUAGAUGUGUUGAAUGAUUGUGUAAAAGUGUCAUUAUUGUUUCACUGUACCUUUAAGAGUCAGGAAAGAUUUAAUGACUGGGGCUCUGCAGCUGUGGAGCAGCUCUACAGGUGUUGCUGUGAAGCUGAUGAUGCAGGGUAUAUCAGGGGUGUUGUGUGUUGCCUCUGUGCUGGGCAUUUUCCCAGUGUGCUCUUGGUGGGUGGUUUGGUUGUGCGGGUAUUCUGUGUAAGCCUAAUUUAAUUUUUUGUAAUUUUUCCUUUCUCCAUUAAACCAAGCAUUUGUUUAAGUCUUGGUCUCUAUGUGUAAGUUCCUCAACCAGUUUCUGCUGAUUUUGCUUUUUACCCUAACAAGAUGGAGGACAGCAGUCCUUCUAAAUACCUCCUGACCUGUAGGAGGGGAGAGGGCUCUUGUGCUCGGAUCCUGGUUGCAGGUUUCCCACAGGCAUCUUGGUCAGGACUGGCCUGAUCCAGAAGGCUCUUCUUAGGAUCCUGGAGGAACUGUGGAUAUGCACAGCUGGCCCAGGCUUUUUUCUGGGAAUUCCCAGCAGCAAGAGGGAUUGGCCGCAGCAAAUGUGCCUCCUUCGCUGCAUACCCCCCCCCCCCCAAUCCUGUUAAAGUACGGCUGGGACAAUCCAAGCGGCUUGGCUGCCUGUUUAUAUCUAGGCAUCCUUUGCGUUUCAAAUCCUUUCUUCCAGAGGGUCUCGAAAAGUUUGCUGCUGAGACUAGGCGUGUUGAAAAGCUUCGCUGGCUGGAGCUGAUUUGAACAAUAGACUCCUGGAACUGUAGAGUUGGAAAGGACUUCAAGUGUCAUCUAGUCCAACCCCCUGCAAUGCAGGAAUCACAACUAAGGGGAAGGGGCACAAAGUGGGGUCCUCCCCGCACCCCCAGAGCAGUGCACUGUGUUGUGAUGGGGGGGCUUAAUUUUGUAGGUGCUGCGGGACUCACGUUUUCUCGUGCCAAAUCUUCCUUGGCUUCCUGAUGGAAGAAGUGAGAUGUUUCUGCCUGGAGGCAGGCAGUGGCUUUUCCAAGAGAGAAUCGAGAGUUUCACUUCCCGUUGGGGUCUCCCCAUAGAAUCGUCAAAUUGCAGAGUUGCAAGGGCCCCCCCGUGGGUCAUCUAGUCCAACCCCCUGCAAUGCAGGAAUCACAACUAAGGCACCCAUGGCGGGUGGCUACCUGACCUCUGCUUAAAAACCUCCAAGGCAGGAGAGUCCACCACCUUUCAUGAGAAUCUCUUCCGCUCUCGGAACAGCUCUUCCGCAGCCUUCCCCUGUUCCAUCAAGCUUGCAGCUCCGUCAGAAAAAGAAAGGAAGGAAUGAGAUUCGUUUGGCAGCGCUUGUUUUUUUUUUAUAGAAAAAACCAUGCUGGGUCUUCAGAACUAUUUUAUUUUGUUGUGCUCCUGGAACAACACAAAACUGUUUGGACCGGAAGCGAAAGCCGGAAGAUGCUUCUGCCUUCCCCGUCAGGAGGGAAGGGGGACUCCUGGCUCCCUCCCUCCCUCCUCCUUUGUCUGCCUGUGCCUCAUGCCUGAUCCAGAUUUAGUUCCGCCUGCCUCCUGCUGCGCCCCUUGUCUGGGUGGGAGGGAGGUGUGGCAUGGGUGCGUGCGGGGGAAGAUAAUGAAUGGAGCGCCCUCUCUUUUUCCCUUCCUCCAGCUGCGCCUCGUGUGUGUGCGCUGCUCCAUGUGACGCCGUACUUCUAAGCUGUGUCCAUAUUUAGGCAGCGGAGUCUCUGCCUCUCCCGCCCCCCCCCCCCGCACCUCCAUGUGCAAGCACGCAUGAGAGGGUGGGCUUGGGCGCCUCUCUCCCCUCCCCUCUUCCACAACUUUCCCAUGGCUGAUCGGAUGGCCCUGCCCCUAGAGACACCUCCCUGCGCCCGGUUAUGGCGGAAAGGUUAUUUUCUCCCCGGCUUGGCUGGAGAGGGGAGCUGAGCCCUUGCCACAGAUGAUGGAGAGGCGAAGCCUUUGAGGUAGGGGUUUUGGACGGCAAAGUCUCUCCCUUUUCUGGAAGGGUGAGUGCCGAGCAGGAACCCAGGAGAGUCUCAACCAUGCCUUCAGACAAGACCUCUCCGCUUGUGCACCCUUCUAAGCUUGGGAAGGAAAAGACCAUCUUGUCUGGGUCCCUGAAGGCAGAGAGCUCCAACUCUGAGGGCCACAUGGGACAGUCCAAACCCACGAUGAUGAGAGGCUCUGGCAGGAGGCCUCGCCCCCCUGCGAGUGAAGGGGAGAAGGACUCUGGAUUUUCAGAUGAGAGCUCGGAGCACCUGAGCGCCGUGGAGCAGACAGACGCGGAGGACCAGCCAGCCUACCCAUUGCGCCAGGGGGGCGCGUUGCAGCGGGCGGCGCAGAAAGCGCAUGGGGGGCUUGCGGGCGGAGCCUUCCCUGGCCUCACCCCCGUUUACAUCGUCAAAAACGUUAUCCUCAAACAGCCCCACGCAGCGUCCCCCACCACCCAGCUCUUAGCCUGGAACAGCCAGCACCCUCUCAGCAGCACCCAAGGCUCCCCCACCCACGUUCUCUUGAUCCAGCCGCCAUCAGGACCCUUGAAGCCGCUGUUUCCUGGCCAGAAGUCUCCCGCCAAGGAGGCUGCCUACCUCCCCAUCCUCAGCACAUACCCCAAAAUUGCUCCUCACCCGGGUUGUGACCCACAGGUCAAGGGCCUGGAAGGGGGAGGAGGAGGAGGGUCCACCCCGGCAGGAGGGGCCAGCAAGAACAAACGCUUCUGCCUGGAGGAGGCCUGGGUGUCGUCGUCUGAAGCCGCCACCCCGAAAGGCAGCAGGGAGAAGCAGCGCAAGGAAGCGCCCCCCGCUUCCUCUGGCCAGCUCGCCUCCACCCUCCUCUGCCCGGAGGCGCUUUCCCAGAACACGGUAUCGUCCUCCACAGGACUGGACUUGGCUGAGGGCAGGAUGAUCUCCAGAGCCUCCAAAAAGCUGGGCUGCAGCAGCUCGGGCAAGCAGCGCCGCUUCCACAACACGGUGCAGGUCCUACGGAAGUCAGGCCUGCUGGGCAUCACGUUGAGGACCAAGGAGCUGAUCCGGCAGAACAACAGCACCCAGUGGGAGCUGGCCCAGCUGCGGGAGCACGCCCAGCUCCUGUGCGAGGCCGUCCAGAGCAAUGACUUCCGCGCCUGGGCCCGCCUCCAGGAGGCCAUGGACCGUUCUGCCAGCUAUUGGGCCAAAAAGGGGGCUAGCUCCUCUUACACACAUGUGUGGCAGCAGAGGCCGAAGGCCGAGACCACGGGCCCCACCACGGAGACCCCCGGGGAGCCCCUGCCCGGCUCACCGAUGAGCCUGUCGCUCACGCCGGACACCUCGGUGCAUGUGGCGCUGCCUUAGCUCCUCUGCCAUCAUGCCCUGGGCUGAAGGGUGUGGCUCCGGAAGAAAACCUCUUUGCAAGAAUCUGUGUCUUGGCCACCAGGCCCUCAGCAACCCCAGCCUCUUGCCGUUGGUGAGGCUGAGGAGGCCAUUGUGGAAGGCCGGAUUAGGCCCCUCCUGACUGGACUGCUGACCCUUCAGGGGGUUUGUUGGCUGUUGAAGCCUGCUGUGUGCUUGUGGAAGGUUCCUGAGAUAAUCUUUGGGCUCCGAUAAAAUAAUCUCAGCAUGGGGAAUGGGGUUGGGCUGGACUCUUGUUGGCCCAGUUUAGGAUUGAAAUAGCAGAGGAAUUGUGUUCCUGGAGGCCGACAGGGCGAGGCCUUGGGCAGCCGGCACAGAAAGGUGCAACUGCUUUUGUAUUGAUUCAUCCCAUUUGCUCUCAGCUGGGAUUUCGGAGCAGCAAAUGUUUUAAUAUUUGAAACAGCCAGCCCUGAGAGGAAGAUGGAGAGCAAUAUGGCCAAGGCCCAUCUAAGGAAGUGUUGUAUUUUAACUCAUGCCUCUCUGGUAAGGAGCGCUCUCUCCUGCCCACUAAGUUGCUCCUUUGCUACAAAAGGAGUCUGUUUCCAUCUUGACAGAAUGGCCUCCGCUCACCCAUUUUCUGGUUUUUGGGGAAGCGAUGUAAUGAUGCUCUGACUGAAGGGUCUAGCGAGCGACAUUCUGCCCCAUUAGGAGUUCUGCCUCUGAAGCUUGCUUUGCUCCGCUGCCGACAGAAGAUGGUCCAAUAAUAAUAAAGAAAUGAUGAUGAUGGUGAUGAUGAUGAUAAUCUGGUGUGUUAUUAACUGCAAAAGGUCACCCCCCACCUCUUUCCAUUGCUGUUUGUGGUGAGAAAGAGCUUGCUCCUUUGGGGGCUUGGGGGCUUUCCUCUAGGUCAGGACCCUUUGAAACCUGGCAGUCUCUCUAGUGAAAUGGGACGGCGGGAGGGUAAGACGCUGGAUUUCUUCCCUCUCCCUUUGCCAGUGGAUGUUGCAAAGAAAACAAAUGGGGGCUAGCUUUCCAUUUCUGUCUUCACCUUCAUUUGUUUGAUGCCUAAUGUGAUUGAAAUCGAAUGCAAAUAGUGUGUUGUGGAUUUCUUCAGCUACUACACGAGUCAGCUUUAUUUUGGUCCGGGGAAUUAUCAGUGCUGGAUGCCUGAUUUAGCAAGAAGAUACUUGAUCCAGUUUGCACUUAAAGGCGAACCCACACAAUUCACAAUUUCCAGAACCACGCGAAAACUACGAUUUUAUGGCAUCAUAAAACCUUUUAAAUGUUUGCAGUGUGGAAAGAGCUUCAUUCGGAGUAGUCACCUCUCUAGACAUAAAGUAACUCCUACAAAAAACAAACCUUACAAAUGUUUGGAGUACAGUGGAACCUCGUGUUACGGACGGGAUCCCUUCCGGAGGCCCGUCCGUAACAUGGAACUGACAGAAGCCAAAGCGCCGCGUCUGCGCACGCGCAUGGUGCGAUUUAGCGCUUCUGCACGAGUGGCAAAACCCGGAAGUAACCUGUUCUGGUACUUCUGGGUUGCUGCAGGACGCAACACGAAAACACGUAACCUGAAGCGGAUGCAACAUGAGGUAUGACUGUACAGUAGUGUGACAAGAGUAGCUCCCUGACUAAGCAUCAAAGAACUCAUAGGGAAACAUCUUAGAAGGGGUUGGAGUGGGGAAAGAUCUUCAAUCACACCAAGAGCUCCUAAAAUAAGCAAUUUUAGAAUUUGCUUCUGUAUCUCUGAUUUUAAAUUUCCUCACCUCACUCUUUUUAAUCAUAGGCUUUUGCUUGUUCUGAGGCCUUUUGAGUCCAGUUACAGGUAGGUAGCUGUGUUGGUCUGCCAUAGAUGAAACAAAAUAAAAAAAUUCCUUCCAGUAGCACCUUAGAGACCAACUAAGUUUGUCAUUGGUAUGCACACUUCUUCAGAUAUCACACUUCUUCAGAUACCAAGAAACUUCCACAGGUACAGAUGACAUCUUUCUGACUAAAUGCAAGAACCUGGGCAUUAUACCUAAGGGUCUUAGAAUUAAGAACCCUCUACAAUCCACUUAUCCUAUGGUGUCUGAAGAAGUAUGCAUGCGCAUCAAAGCUCAUACCAAUAACAAACUUAGUUGGUCUCUUAAGGUGCUGUUGUUGUUGUUUAGUCGUUUAGUCGUGUCCGACUCUUCGUGACCCCAUGGACCAAAGCACGCCAGGCACUCCUGUCUUGCACUGCCUCCCGCAGUUUGGUCAAACUCAUGUUUGUAGCUUCGAGAACACUGUCCAACCAUCUCGUCCUCUGUCGUCCCCUUCUCCUAGUGCCCUCCAUCUUUCCCAACAUCAGGGUCUUUUCCAAGGAUUCUUACUGGAAGGAAUUUUUUUCUUUUGAGUCCAGUUUGCCUCCAGGCCGCCAAACGUAAUGCAGGUGGAGAAAAUGUUUAUUAUUUUUCAUUUCAUUUCCAUACCCCUUUAUAUUUUAAAGAAAAAUCUCAAAGCAGUUUACAGCAUAUUAAAUCAAUAAAACAAUCCAGACUCAAACAUUUCUGAAGAAAGUCAAAUAUAUAGCUCUGUCCCAGCUCCUGCCAACCUAGCAGUUCAAAAGCACGCCAGUGCAAGUAGAUAAAUAGGUACUGCUGCGGCGGGAAGGUCAAUGGCAUUUCCGUGCACUCUGGUUUCCGUCGCGGUGUUCCGUUGCACCAGAAGCAGUUUAGUCCUGCUGGCCACGUGACCUGGAAAGCUGUCUGUGGACAAACACUGGCUCCCUCUGCCUGAAAGCGAGAUGAGCGGUG